CCCGCGGCAAACAUUGGAUCAUUGUAUGCUCCGGCGUCAGUUUGUUUGACGGUUGAUUUGCUGGCUUGUGGGCUUCGAUUGGGUCAUCAACUCAAGGAAAACCCCCACCUCGUCCCACAUCCCUCUGCUUGGUGGCACUAUUUAAACCGAGCAAACCUCCCUCGCCGAAUCAAUACAAAACAACAACGUCCGUUUUUCAACACUUUUCUCUUCUUUCAACCAUUCUUCGCCCAUCCAUCACCAUCAUCUUCCAUCUUUCCUGCCAGAUUUUAUCCCGUUCAUCACCCUUGGGCAUCAUGGCUUCGACCGGGGCUCUCCCUCAGACCCUCAAGUCCAUCACUGCCACCAAAAUCAACGAGCUGUCCAAGCAGCGAGUCCUGUUCGACAAACGCAAAGCUGAUAUUCUCGCAGCUGCAGAUGCUGCAACGGAUCUGCGCACCCGGGUUCGCGUUCUCUUGGACGGUCUUUCCCGCCUGAAAGGGUAUCCCAAGGACGCCCUCGAUAAAGACGACUUAGACCUGGAUAUCAGCUCUUCUGAUAACGACUCGGAAGAUUUGGAAGUCAACUCGCCUGGCAUGGGCCAGUUGUACCAAGCUGACCACACCAACAUUCGUCGCUUCCUUCUCCAAGGCCGCUAUGACCCUUCCAUCUCAGACUCUGUAUUGAAAGACUGGAUCGCUCGACUUGAAAAGGAUCUACGCUUCUUAGAGCUCAAGUACGAACAUGCUUCAUUCUACAGCAAGCUGGUUACCGAGUGGUUGUCAAACCUGGACGAUGCGGCUGCACCUUCCACUGUUGACCAGACAGACGAUGCGGCUUCUGCCAAGUCUGACGCUGGCUUUGAAAGUGUGGGCCGAACCGAAAUGCAUGAGCAGCGAGCACAGUGGGAGUCUCUGGUCUUCACAACUGACACAGAAGUGAAUAAAGACACAAUCAAUUCUUACCUCGACGACUUGUUCAAAAAGACCAAGUUGUCCCGUCAGGCACUCAAGGAGCUCCGUGAGAACCUUCGCGCGUUCGGCACUGAAUUGGCAACGAAGGGAGAGUGGCUGGAUGUCGAGGAGCUACAGUGGGUGGCCAAGGCACUGAUGAAAACCGACCUGCUCAGUGCCGAGAAAACGACUAUCCUCAAGGAAUUCAUGCGCAACAAAGAAGUCUUGCAGGAAGUAGCAGAUGUUCUCAACAUGCGUCUCGCAUCCCUUGACAGCUGGUCAUGGGGUGAUGACGGCAUUCCGAUCGAAAUGCGCCGCCAACUUAACGGUAAAUACCGUGUUUUCAUGGACGAAGACUUGCUUGAUAGCCUGUUGUUGCAGUAUCUGGGGUCCACAUGGGCCGUCCGGCUGCGCUUGGCGUUCAAGUGGUUUUUCAACUCGCAAGCAUGGAAUUCGGUACAUGAAAACAUCCCAACGGAACAUAUCGAGAGACGCAAGUAUUUCCUUGGAAGUGCAACGGACGUUGGUUCCACUGGCAUCAAUCAGCUUCGCCAGCGCACCUACGGCGACAAAUACUUUAUGAGCCAACUACCCGAUUCCCUCGAAGAGGGUGCUCGAAGCUACGAUGACAACUCCCAGGUCAAAAAUGCGUUGGAUACCAAGCACUCGCUUCUCCAUCUAUUGAUCACCGAGUCUCUGAUUCACAAGAGCCAGCACGACGAGUUUACCACCAUCCGUUCCGACUACCAGUGGUUUGGCCCCUCUCUACCUCAUAUUACUGUCCUCACAGUCUUGGAAUACUUUGGCGUUCCAGAGAUGUGGCUGAACUUCUUCCAAGUGUUCCUCGAGGCCCCACUCAAGUUCGUUCAGGAUGGUCCCACUGCCUCAACCCAGAUCCGAAAGCGUGGUGUCCCAAUGAGCCACACUCUCUCGGACUUUUUUGGCGAAUCAGUGCUAUUCUGUAUGGAUUAUGCGGUCAAUCAGCAUACCAACGGUGAAAUCCUGUAUCGUCUACACGAUGACUUCUGGUUCUGGGGCGCCGAGAAGACCUGCGAGAACGCCUGGGUGGCGAUGACCCGGUAUGCCAAGGUCAUGGGCUUGAAAUUUAAUGAGGAAAAGACUGGCACUGUUCGCAUGGGGGAAAGGGGAGAGAAAAUCGAUUCCGUCCUCCCUUCUGGAGAUAUUCGCUGGGGAUUCUUGGUUCUCGAUGCAGACCAAGGUAGAUUCGUCAUCGAUCAGGCGCAGGUGGACCAGCAUAUUGAAGAGCUUGACCGACAACUCUCAUCUUGCAAGUGCGUCUUCACCUGGGUACAGGCAUGGAAUGGAUACUUUGGGCGGUUCUUCACCAACAACUUUGCGAGACCCGCCAUGUGUUUUGGCCGCGAUCACAUCGACAUGGCAGUUUCGACGCUGAGCCGUAUCGAGCGAACCCUCUUCAGCAAGACUUCCAAUACGACUCCCGAGAACGGAGCCAGCGUCACCGACUACCUGCGCUCCAUCAUUGCAGAACGAUUUGGCGUUCACGACCUACCCGAGGGAUUCUUCUACUACCCCGUGGAACUGGGAGGUCUCGGACUGCUGAAUCCGUACAUCCGACUACUGGCCAUGCGAGAAAACAUCAAGCAGACACCCCAGAGGCUUCUUCAAAGGGCUGCGCUCCAUGGCGAAGCAGCCUACCACGUGGCCAAAGGUCGCUUUGAGAAGCAGGGCUCGGACUCUCUCAGGACCUGGAAGGACGAGAAGGGCGAGCCCCUGCCCUUCAUGUCACUGGAGGAGUACGCACGGUACCCCGAGACAUACAGCUCGUACCUUCAGCAGGCAUACGAAAAGCUGAUCGAGGUGCCAGAAGAGAGGAGCGUGGCAGCCACCGCUAGCUUCACCAAGAAUCAGACGGGGCUGAAAGGACCUAGAGGCAAGGCAAUCAAGCCGGGCCCGAUCUCAGCAGUCUGGGCUAAGAUGACUCCUUACUGGCGCUGGGUCGCAGAGCUGUACCAUGAUGAGAUGGUGCGCACCUAUGGAAGCCUCGCGGCUGUGAACCGAGAGUUUAUGCCUUUGGGAGUCGUUAAGACUUUGAAGGAGGGGCGUUUCAGAUGGCAGGGUUGAGCGAAGAGUGCUUUAGACCCUGAUGACAUUUUACGACAUAAUUAAUACACUAGUGAUACCCUCUAUAGUUCCUUGACUACAAAAAUUUACAAAUGAAUCUUACCAUAACUGAUAUUCUCCUCCCCGA